CAUGACCUGUAGCUUAGCUGUCUUCUUUGUCUCCCACUCCUUCUUGGAAAACUCAAUUCCCCUCCUUCUUCCUCUUUAUAUACAUUCCUUCGUUUCCAUCGUCAUUCAUCUGUCCAUCCUCUCUCUAGUAUUGUAUUUGAUUUAUUCUCUCUCGCUUUGAUUCUUCUGCAAUGGCUGCGCAAAACCCUCAAGCUCAAUUCCAAGAUUCUCUGCCAAUCAUGGCCGGAAAGCUGGGUGGGGAUGGCUUGAUUGACGAGCUUUGCAAUGGGUUCAAUCUUUUGAAGGACUCUGAAAAAGGGGUUAUCACUUUCGAGAGCCUCAAGAGGAAUUCUGCUUUGCUGGGGCUACAUGGCUUGAGCGAUGAGGAUCUUUACUCUAUGUUGCGGGAAGGCGAUUUUGAUGGCGAUGGGGCUCUAAGUCAGUUGGAAUUCUGCGUCCUGAUGUUCAGAUUGAGCCCUGAACUUAUGGAGGGGUCUAAAUUGUGGUUAGAGGAAGUCCUGCAGCAAGAACUUAAAGAUUACUGCUGAUUAUUUUUUUAAUUAUUAUUUUUGGUUAUGUGAUUGUUGAAUUUGUCAUGUUUGGCAAAUUUCCUAUACUUGUGAGGAAAAAAAAAAAUGAAAGAAAGGAAAUGGAAAGUAACUCGAAUGACAUUCUUAUGUAAAUUUGGAAUUCAAAAUUCUUUUUUGAGUUUUCUUUAUUUGAUCA